GCCAUUUAUACGAAAGAUACCAUUGCCGAAAAUACGUUGAAUGCAUCUUUAUCGUUCCAGAUCUAUGGCUUUGGCGUUACCUUUUUCCUCACCCGUUUGCGACAUGAUGGGAUCUAUGUAAUGCAAGAAAUAGCCCAUAUGGUAUUGCCUCGAUCAAUUGAAGAAAUGGCGACGUUUAUCAAUAUGAAAAGUCUCAGAACGCUGCUCAAGAUCACCGAAACUUUUUGGCGUCUAUGCAAACCAUGUGAUAACGAAGAGCUCGUU